AAAGAUGUCGAUAAUUCCUCUACUACGUGAACUGGAUGACUCCUUCAGCGAAUUUGAAGAACUUUUGGAGGCUCCAUUUGGUCUUGGAAUACAUCCAGUGGACAUCUUCAGACCCCGUCAUCAUCGCUCCUUAGUACUACGUCCACGCAAUCGCUAUUAUCCCUAUCUAAUAAAAUACACUCGUCCACGUAAAGAGUCGUCGCAUGCAGACAAAUCUGAUCUCGUCGUUCCCACAGUGGGAAAGGAUGGUUUCCAGGUCUGCAUGGAUGUUUCACAAUUCAAACCAAAUGAACUAACAGUGAAGACUGUCGAUCGCAUGGUGGUGGUUGAAGGAAAGCACGAAGAACGUGAAGAUGAGCACGGCCUAAUCCAGAGACAAUUUGUACGUAAAUAUACACUGCCCAAAGGUUAUGAUCCCAAAGAUGUCGUUUCCACAAUAUCGUCAGAUGGUGUGUUAACUGUUAAAGCACCCCCACCGGCAAUAAAGGGAAAAGCGAAUAACGAACGUAUAGUUCAAAUUCAACAGACCGGUCCAGCCCAUCUGAAUGUAAAACAACCGGAUGAAUUGAAAAAGAACGUGGAAGCAUGCAAUGGUGCUGCCGAAAAAAUGGACACCAAAUAA